AUGGCAACAGCAACCACUAUGUUGAGCACCGCUGAUGCCAACCAACUCAAUACUCUGCGCGUCGAACUCAAACAAUGGGAAAAGGCGUUUGCGGAUGCAAAUGGAGGACGAAAAGCGGGGAGACAUGAUAUCAAGCAGGAUCCAAGCAUAGCCGCCAAAUACAAAACUUACGGCCGACUGCGCGCCCUUGAGGAAUCAUCCACAUCCACGCAUCACGCCGGCGGUCAAGACAAAACGCCAUCAAAACCAAGCAACCGCGAGACUCGAACAAAGCGUAAACACGCCGACAUAGCUCACGACGAUACAGAAACAAAUAAUCACUACACACCCCGAAAAGCGCGACGAGAAAUCAUCACCCCUUCAAAGAAUAACAUCAACCCGAAUCAUCCUGCAACAUUAGAUCCCUAUGAUUCACCAUCUGUGUUUCGUCGACUAUUCAGUCCAUCAACCCAUCGUCAAUCGCAACAACCAUCUCCGCUUCCCUUCAAAACCUCCAUUGGGCCUACACCGCAACGCAAUGGCAAAAUCUUGGGUUUGUUUGAUAUGCUCUCUGCUUCCGGGGGAAAUACGGCGACGCCAUCCGCCAAACGGGUUGCGGCGCUAGAUCAUGCCAUUGUGCAGACGCCGUCGAGGAGGAAGACGGGUCAGAAAUUGGAUAAUAUUUCCGAAUCCGCGGAUAAUGAGGGGGACAAAGAAGAUAAUGAGUAUGAGAAUACGAUUGGUAUGGGGCGGACACCAGCAUCAUCGAGUAAGAGAUUAUACCUUGAACGAUUGUUUGCGACGCCGACCACGCUUCGGUUUGCGACUAUGAUGGAAAAUGAGAAGGAUAAUCAGCCGCAACGGAUACUGUAUCAGAAGGCAGUUACAGAGGCACAAACGGAUGAAAAGGAUGCGCUCGCUUCAGGAACGCCUAGCUUUCUCCGACGGUCGAAUUCGGGAAGAUACGUAUCUAGCAACGAUAAUGAUUCGGCUAAUCCGCUCAGUCCAGUUGGUGUUCGAAAACACCAGCGGUAUAACGGCAAGGGGCUUACUGCGCUGGUACAGGGGCUGCGGGAUAUGGAGAAUGAGCGGAUGGAUGAUGAUUGGGAUAUCCUGAAUGAAAUAGAGGCGGAACAAAACGGGACGGCGGGAGAAAACGUCCAAGUGGGUGAUAGUCAAGUACCUCACGACGCUACAGGUGAAGAUCCGAAUGGUGGAAGGGUAUGGAAAAAGAAAGGGCAGAAAAGGACGACUCGGCUUGUCAAGAUGAAGCCGGUAAUGCAGGUCAAGAAUAAACCAUCGCGAACGACUACCGCAAAUGCUUCGAAGAGUACCGAACAAAGGCAAGACGAAGAGAGUGAAGAAAGCGAGGACGAGCUUCAACCCAAGUCGCCAGGUGCCGAUGAGGAUUCCCUUCCGCGCACUAGAACUCUCAGAGAGAGAAAGCAAACCACAGAGGAUAACCUCAAUGAAGACGACGCAAACGAAGAGGAGGAUGAUUACAACGACAUAGACUCAGACAACAACUCAGACGACCUAGACUUCACCGAAACUGCCUCCGCAAAACAAGCACUUCCUACCACAAUGGUAAAGCCAAUGUCAAGUUUCUCCGAGAAAUUGAAGGCCGCUUUCUCGUCCGUGAAACCACUUAAAAAGAAAGCAGUCGCCGAAAAGGACGAAGACAAACCAAAACCGUCGUCGCCGAAGAAGAGAAAAGUCAAUCCUGACGCGCAUGCAAAUUACAGAUCACUUAAGAUCCGAUCAAAGGGGCAAGGCAGAUUUGGGCGGGGAAGAUUUGGACGGCGUUGA